AAGAAAGAGAAGUGCGAAUUUGAAGGGAUCAUAAACAAAUCUUGAAGAUGAAUUACUUUCGGGAUGCUGCAGGAAAUGAGAGAUCUGUAGGAGGAUCAUCGUCAAGAAAAGGGAAAAAGAGUAAUUCAGACAAGCCAAAGCAACCCCAAAGAGGCCUUGGUGUGGCUCAGUUGGAGAAGAUCAGACUCCAUAGCCAAUUGGGGUUUCAUCCAACUAAUCUCCAUCCACAGGAGGAUAUAAGGAUUCCAACUGCCUAUUCGCCAUCAUCAUCUUUCUCAUACACUUCACCAUCGCCAACUUAUAAUACUCCACAAGGACAACAAAAUAUCAUGAUGGGAAUGGGAGAACUAGAAAGAUCAAACAUGGUAUAUGGUCUAUCACAGCCUAGCGGUGACCCGAGAUGGAAUGCAAGCAAUCCGAUGUUUGAGGCUGAACACUUUGCACAACCAGGAAUAACUAGACACCUCUUUCAAAUAGAAGUAGAGGACUCGCUCAGGAAGAAGAAAAGGAGUGAUUCAAUGGGGUCAAGCAGUCAGAAUUCAGAUUCAAAUGGCAGUCAAGAACUGGAUUUGGAGCUAAGACUUUCGCUUUAACUAAAUUAUAAAUUAUUCGCAAGGGUGCGAAACGGUGUAAGAGUUAACAUCCUCUUCUUGUUGGCCCAUAAAUUCAAAAGAAAGCAAAACUGGUCGGAAAUUCCCAAGUUCUGGAUGCAAAUAAUCAAGAUCAUUAAUCUAAUUUUGUGUUUUUUAUGGGUUGAUGAUGAUCGUACGUUAUGCAUCUACAGUGCACAUUUUCAUUCAAAUAGUGUACAUAUUUUCACU